CACGAUCCACUUUCGGAACCCUGUGAGCCAGCGGUCAUGAAUAAAUCAGACCCGACAAAUGUUGAAUACGUUCAAGCACCGUAUUUUGAUCAUUCGCUCUACGAAAAUUUCUCGGUAGUAUACGCAUUGCCGUUGUCGAAUCAUGACAACGGAUCAUUGAUGGCCAUUGCAUCGUUCUAUGCUUUGCUGUUCAUGUUGGGCACAUGUGGGAAUGCUGCAAUCUUGGCUGUUGUACAUCAUGUGAAGGCUUCUGAUUCCAGGUCAAAACACAAUACAACGUUAACUUACAUAUGUAUACUGUGUAUCGUGGAUUUCUUGAGCAUGCUGCCUCUUCCUAUGACUAUAAUCGACCAGGUCCGUAUUUUUUUGUAA